CGCAAGGUCCCAGACUCUUUGGCAUGGGGUGCGGGUGGUUCCUGCUGUUGUGGGUGCUCCCCCAGGCGUGGGGAAGCUCUGASGUCCUGCGAAGGAGUGUCCUCUUCCGCUAUCUCCAGAUCUCGUCCUUCACUAACAGCAGCUGGAUGCGAACCGAUGCCUUGAUCCUGUUGGGGGAGCUGCAGACGCACAGUUGGAGCAACGCCUCGGACACCAUCAGCUUUGUGAAGCCCUGGGCCCAGGGCACCUUCAGCAGCCAGCAGUGGGUCCACCUGCAGAAUAUAYUUCGGGUUUUUCGAAGCAGCUUCACCAGGGACAUACAGGAAUUCGCCAAAAUGCUGUCCUUAGAGUAUCCCAUGGAGCUGCAGCUGUCUGGUGGCUGUGAGGUGCACCCUGGGGACGUCUUUCUCCAUGUAGCAUAUCAAGGAGAACAUAUCCUGAGUUUCCAGGGAACUGCUUGGGAGCCGGCUCCACAGGCCCCACAUUGGGUUGAUUUGGUCAUCAAAGUGCUCAACCAGGACGAUGGGACAAGGGAAACAGUGCAGUGGCUCCUCAAUGACAUCUGCCCCCAAUUUCUGAAUGGCCUCCUAGAGACAGGGAAGUCAGAACUGGAGAAGCAAGGUCAGUCUUCUGUCCUCUCCAUCUAUCCUACUUUUAAGCUUCAAGUAGGUUUUGCCAUCCAAGGGUUUGCUUUCUUUUAA